GUCACGUGAUCGCAUGUUUAGUUUCACUUCCGCACUCUGUUAACUGUUCUGCUUGCAUCACUUUGGCCGGUCGGGUGACGUUUAAUACAUUUCCCGUAAAGCGAUAACCAGCCUACUAAAGUAGCCGAGACGUUUGAAGCCUUGCGUAAUGAUAUAAUUAUUUUACUUCAGCGUAAAUAUGAAGCAACGUGUCCGUUAAAGUCAACCAGGAAGUGCGCUUCAGUAACUGGCUGCUUGGACACGAAACUGCAUCUAAAAUCAGAAAUAAUGCAGGUGUCGAUGCAUCCCAUUGGGGGGUGCCUCUUCAUGUGGACACUGAUAAUACAGCUCGUCCUGCAAGGGAGUGGUGUGUAUGCUGACGAUGCCACCAAGAACUGCAAGCUCAUAUUUGAGUCCGAGUCGGAACGGAAAGUCCUCCAGCGAAUAGAGCCGCUCGGUCACAGAAACUUCACAGCGGAGACCAAGAAUGGAGAGGACAAGUACUCGUACGUAUUCCAGUUGUGCGGCGAUGCAGGCGGCGUUCCCGGAGCCGGCGUCAUUCAAGUAGAAGGCCCGAAAACGGAGAAGAAAGUCACGGUGAUCGGCAUGUACAAUGCGACAGAAGUCAACGGAGGAAGUGACUAUGUGAGGCUGCUCUACGGCAACGGAGAAAAAUACGACACGCACUGUUCCCAGGAACAGAGGAAAGCCAUCCUGAUGAUUUUUUGCAACCGCAAUAUGAACGUGGGUCAGCUGGAGGUGGUGCAAGAGAACAGGGAACGGGAGCAGAACUGCUUCUACGAGUUCAAGAUUGAGUCCAGUGCUGUGUGUCCGGCUCUUGAAUACAAACUCAGCACCGGCUCCAUUCUACUCAUCGUCGCCUUCUGCCUUCUGACGGUUUACCUGAUUGGAGGUUUCCUCUACCAGCGGCUCAUCAUGGGGGCCAAAGGCAUGGAGCAGUUCCCCAACUACGCUUUCUGGACGGAGGUCGGCAAUCUCUCUGCAGACGGUUGCGACUUUGUGUGCCGCUCACGAGAUCGUGAGGAGCCCCCGACUUACACGGGGGUGUCCACGGAGCCCUUGGACGAGGACCCGGACGAGCGAGACGACCACUUAUUGCCGAUGUGACCUGGCAUCCAUCAGUUUUUCGCCGUGAGACUCGACUGACAGCUUUGAUGAAAUGGCUUGUAGGUAAAAAAAUCAUUUCUCGUUUCGGUUUGAGUGCGCGUUCAUACGGCAUGCAGGCCGCGCACCUCGUUUAUGUGACUUGACUGCUCGAGGUUUACACUGAAGUUUCUUCUCAAGAAAUCUGCAGGCACUACUUUCUUAUACUUCCUCCCUCUCUCUCUCCCUCUCUAAACUUUAGUUUAUGACCGGUUACAUCAUUUUAGCCAUGAAAGGGCUUGGACUUUCACACCUGUCGUUCAAACACUUUCACUUCUCCCGUCGUCCUGUUGUCACCAACUGUUACGGAAGGUAAAUGACCUAAAGAUUUGAAAUAUGUAUAAAACAACCGCUGAUCAAUCCAAACAAUUUCCCCGUACAUCUCUCCUAAAAGUAAACGGAUGUUCAAAUAAUGGUGUAAUUUAUUUUGAUCAAUGCCCUUUUGCUGCAAAUGACCAAAAGCUAUUUCAUUCCAAUCCCUAUUUCCUGUCGCUUGAUGUCAUGGGACAGCCAAGGAAAUGGAAAAAAAAAAAACUUUGUUUUUCUGGGUUGUUUGUUUCUACAUUGAUAUCAUUUAUUUUAAAAUUGUAAUAACUUCCCUGUAUUGUACACACUAUACGUUUUCUCAUAUUUCUAGUUGGGGAAGAAAUUAAGCUUUAAGAACUUGUUGGAAAAUGUUCCGAAUUUUCUACAAAUGUCACUUAUUGCUUUGUUUGCAUCAAGUCCAUGCUGUAUGUUUGAUUUUCUUCAUGCUAUUAUUUACUCGCGGAAUUUGUCAACAAAACUUAGUUGGGAAGAAUGAGUUGCUGAAGUCACAACAGGUUGUACUGAUUCAAAUCUGUGCGGAUGUUUUCUGUAUGCAGUGGUGUUGAAAUAAAACAUAUUUAAUGCUU